AUGGCCGACUUGUCUGUUCAACUCACAGCCCCUAACGGCCACACUUGGAUCCAGCCCAUCGGCUUGUUCAUUAACAACCAGUGGGUCAAGUCCUCGACUGGCGAGAAGAUUGCUAGCAUUAAUCCCACAACCGCAAAGGAAAUCACAUCAAUCCACGCAGCUUCCGCCGAAGAUGUCGACAAGGCCGUCAAGGCAGCGCGCGCCGCUCUGAAUAACCCCUGUUGGCGCGACCUACCCGGUUCUGACCGCGGCAAGCUGAUGAACCGCCUGGCCCAGCUUAUCGAGGAAAACCGCACCACGCUCGCCACUAUCGAGACAAUCGACAAUGGAAAGCCGUAUUCCACUUCGUUCAAUGAUGACCUGAACGAGACCGCCGAGACCCUUCGUUACUAUGCAGGAUACGCCGACAAGGUCUUUGGCCAAGUUAUCGAUACAACAACAGAUAAGUUCGCCUACACCGUACGGGAGCCCGUUGGUGUCUGUGGUCAGAUUAUCCCAUGGAACUUCCCUCUCGCCAUGGCCGCCUGGAAGCUCGGCCCGGCCCUCGCCUGCGGAAACACAGUCAUUCUAAAGCCAGCGGAGCAAACCCCUCUCUCAGUCCUCUUCCUUGCCAACCUGAUCGCUUCCUCUCCCGGUGUCGUGAACAUUGUCAACGGACUUGGCGCCGUCGCUGGAGCCGCGCUCGCCUCGCACAUGGACGUGGACAAGAUCGCCUUCACCGGCAGCACGGCAACAGCUAAGCAAAUUAUGAAGAUGGCCAGUGGGAACUUGAAAAACAUCACCCUAGAGACGGGUGGUAAGAGCCCGCUGAUUGUAUUCAACGAUGCGGAUCUCGAGCAGGCGGUUGAAUGGGCCCAUCUCGGUAUCAUGUAUAACCAGGGCCAGAUCUGCACAGCCACAUCCCGCAUUCUGGUACAGAACGAAAUCUACGACCGCUUCUUGGAAGCAUUCAAGGCGCAGGUGAAGAAUGUCUCCAAGGUCGGUGAUCCGUUCGAGGAGUCUACCUUCCAGGGCCCGCAGGUGACGCAGGCUCAGUAUGACCGCAUUAUGUCUUAUAUUGAGGUUGGAAAGUUUGAGAAGGCCACCCUAGUCACUGGUGGUAAGCCUUUCACUGUUGGUGAUGGUAAAGGUUUCUUCAUUGAGCCUACUGUUUUCGCUGAUGUUACGCCCGAGAUGCGUAUCUACCAAGAGGAGGUCUUUGGACCUUUCGUGGUGAUUUCUCGAUUCAGCGAAGAGAAGGAUGCGAUUGAGAUGGCCAAUGACUCCAUUUAUGGUCUUGGAAGUGCUCUAUUCACGACGAACUUGACUCGCGCGCAUCGCGUCGCUAAAAGGAUUGAAGCUGGUAUGGUCUGGAUUAACUCCAGCAAUGACAGUGACUGGCGCAUUCCAUUCGGUGGCGUCAAGCAAUCUGGUAUUGGUCGUGAGCUUGGAGAGGCUGGUCUUGCUGCUUACUCGAAUAUUAAGGCCAUUCAUGUGAACAUGAAGUCGAAGCUUUGA